UCUAGACCUCAACCGGACAGAACCCGCGCGACUCAGCCACGGACGCACCGGAGCACGCAGAAGCCACGGAUCGUUACUUGUAGACAGGACUCUAAGGAAGCUCUGAAGAACGGGACUAACAAAACACCGGGACGUUUCCAGCUUUAACGGACCCUCUAUCGCUCUGGCACGAGACUGCGUCUGAAGUCAAGGUAAAAGCUCGCAUUGGAAUUCCGCCGAUAGCGUCAUGGCUCGGUUCGGCUUCGGGCUCGCGCUGCUGGCGCUCGCGAUGGGGCUCGCGCACGCGUUCGGGGACGAGGAUGAGAUGAGCUGCGAUCCGAUCCGCAUCUCUAUGUGUCAGGAUCUCGGAUACAAUGUGACCAAGAUGCCGAACCUGGUGGGAAACGUGCUGCAGUCCGACGCCGAGCUGCAACUGACCACAUUCACACCGUUAAUACAGUACGGCUGCUCGAGCCAGCUGAAGUUCUUCCUAUGCUCCGUCUAUGUUCCCAUGUGUACGGAGAAGGUUCCCAUCCCAAUCGGUCCGUGUGGCAGCAUGUGCUUAUCUGUAAAGAGGAAGUGUCUUCCAGUCCUGCAGGAGUUUGGUUUCGUGUGGCCGGAGCUCUUGAACUGCAGCUUGUUCCCGCCCACCAACGACCAGAACCACAUGUGCAUGGAGGGUCCAGGCGACGAGGACCCACCGUUCCACGCCGUCCGGCCGAUGCCGCCGCAGGAGGAGGAGUGCAUGGCGCUCGGCGCCGGCGUGGAGCAGUAUGCAUGGGUCAAGCGCAGCGGCAGCUGCUCGCUGCAGUGUGGAUACGACACGGGAUUGUACCGGCGACAGGCCAAAGUCUUUACCGAUGUGUGGAUGGCGGUGUGGGCGGUUCUCUGCUUCAUCUCCACCACGUUCACCGUCCUGACCUUCCUAGUGGACUCCUCGCGGUUUUCCUACCCGGAACGGCCUAUUAUUUUCCUUAGCAUGUGCUGCAAUAUUUACAGCGUGGCCUACAUCGUGCGGCUGACCGUCGGUCGCGAACGCAUCUCCUGCGACUUGGAAGAAGCGGCUGUGCCUGUGCUAGUGCACGAGGGUCUGAAGAACACAGGCUGUGCCAUCGUCUUCCUCCUCACGUAUUUCUUCGGCAUGGCGAGUUCAAUCUGGUGGGUGAUCCUGACGCUCACGUGGUUCCUGGCGGCAGGGCUGAAGUGGGGUCACGAGGCCAUCGAAAUGCACAGUUCGUACUUCCACAUCGCAGCUUGGGCCAUUCCCGCCGUCAAGACCAUCGUCAUCCUUAUCAUGCGGCUGGUGGAUGCUGACGACCUUUCUGGGAUGUGUUAUGUGGGCAACCAGAACUUAGAUGCGCUCACCGGUUUCGUAGUCGCGCCGCUGUUUACGUACUUGGUAAUCGGGACGCUGUUUAUUGCCGCCGGCUUGGUUGCAUUGUUCAAAAUCCGCUCAAAUUUGCAAAAGGACGGGACUAAGACGGACAAGCUAGAGCGGCUGAUGGUUAAAAUUGGUGUGUUUUCAGUGCUUUACACAGUGCCGGCCACUUGCGUCAUUGCGUGCUACUUUUACGAAAUCUCAAAUUGGGCUGACUUUCGUCAGUCGGCGAGGGAUUCGUACAUGGCGGCGGAGAUGCUGCGGAUUUUUAUGUCUCUGCUGGUGGGAAUCACAUCGGGAAUGUGGGUUUGGUCCGCCAAAACGCUUCACACGUGGCAGCGAUGUUCCCACCGACUCGUUCACACUGGGCGAAACAAUCGCGUCAAACGGACCACCAACGGCUGGGUCAAACCGGGCAAAGGCAAUGAGACGGUUGUGUAAUAAAGAGACGGAGGCGCCCACGCCCAUGUAGCACUAUCGCUCGUUCACUUUUUCCUUCGCAAAAUGUUCUUAAGAUCUUACACUGGACAGACCUGGUGCAGCAGUUUUUCCGUGUAAAUAUGCACUACGUCAAACUCUCACUGAAGUGCCUUCAUGUUUUUCGGACGAGCUAUUCAACCGAUUCUGGGAAAAGUAGUUCUUUACUCCUCAGCGAUCAGCGCCGUUUACCUCGCAACACAUCACAGCUGCCUGAAUGCUUACGAGACUUGUUAAUGCUAUGUUGUAUUUGAAAUGAGAAAUAAUGAAGCGGGAAGUAAGUGUGCAGUGGCAUAUGUGUAGAGGUUGCUAACUAACUUUAACUGUUGACAUUUAGCUGUCGUUUUACGUCUUGCACAACAACACACUUGCUCAAGUGAGUUUCUGUGAAUGGUUUUUACAGGUCAAACUCAACAAAACAUGAACACAUAUGCAGAGAUUUCCUUCACUAUGUAAUUAGUCUAUUUUUGAUAUGACACAGCUAUGAUGGGACUUUUGUUUUUGUGUUUUUUCACUCUGAAUAUGACAUGUGACAAUCACUGAGCGUCCCGUGGGGUCGAUGAAUGUAUUGAUCGAUGAUAAACUCUUAAACCUUUAAAAAGUGCCUCAAAAACUCACAUGCAGUUGGUACAGUCCUGGAUUUCAUGAAGGACUUCUGGAUUGGUUUGUACAUAACCUGAUGUUUGUAGUUGUAAUACGUGUUAUUUUUGUUAUGAAAUGCUAAUUUAUCUUUGUAAAAAUUAAGAAAGUGGAAAAAAAAUGAAUUUAUUUAAGAAUGCUUUUGUAUCAAAUGAAAAAUUAAACUUUGGAAAUCAAUUCCAGACUCGGUGUGCAUCUUUUGUUUAUAGACGAAUAGUUCACUAUUAAAACUCCCUCUGUAGGUUUACAACUUCAGACGUCUUGUGACUCUGGAAUUAAAGGAUUGUUUUGGGCAUUAGGUAGCAAAUCUCUCUUCGCAGAAUUAAGAGGCUUGACUCUUUUUUAGAUCUUUUUAAAAUUCCUCCACUCUGAAAUGAUUUGGACAAAGAUUUAUCCUCGAGUCCAACUUUCCCCCUCGGGGUCACCACACCCGGCUCAGGGUUUCUUGUAAGACAAUGUCAGAUGGUUAUAGCUGCUUCAUGGGUGAUUAGUCUUGAAAUGCUUUAAUAUGCUGAUUAAACCAAACAUACAAUAUGCAUUAUCAAUAUGGGAACUUUAAUUGAUCACAUGUUCAUGGGCAAAAGCAGUUGCACAGUCAGUUAAAUGGUAAGUUUAGAAUAAAUACCUGUUUUUGUCUAAUGAUUGUGGAUUAAAAUAUUUUCCAAAAUGUUUAAAGUCACAUCAGCCCGUUUCUAAUAUGAUGCUGCUCCCUACAGGUCAUUUGAAGCACUACAGAUGCACGCAUCAGACUUUUGCUGUGACAUGCAAUGCAAUGGCCAUUAUUUUUAGAUGCUUUGCAUCCCAUUAAGAAUGAUCAGAUGAUUUGUUUUCUUUCUUUAUAUAAUAAUAAGCAAUAAAGUAACAUUUUAAAACACUAAACAGUUAGUUGUGGUGACGGUUGUCUGAGGUUUGAAAACAUAACCUCCAGAAAAUAUGCUCCUUUUGAAAUAAAGUCAACAUGAAGAGGCAUUUGCAAACCGUUCACUGUCAUAAUGUGAAACAAAAGAAAAACUGGUACUUGAUUGCGUCAAACUGAGAAAAAUUUCCAAAACUUGGCCAUGAUGACCUUUAAUUUGGCCGAUCAUUUUCACUUGUUUUUUGUGAGAAAAAAAAAACAUAUUUGAAGCAUAUCUUCAUUUCUAAUACAUCAUUUAGUUUUAACAUUUAAUUUGAUUAUAUUAUAAUAUAGAUGGAUUUAGUAGUUCAGCUCACAGCCGUCUGUCAAGUUAGAUUUUUGGCACUUUGUAGUAAAACUUAUAAAAAUAGAAAGUUAACAUAAAGCCACAUACACAAACUAAAAGCCUAUAAAACCUAAAACUCAAAACGUAAAAAAAAAAAAAACUCAAAACUUUACGAAACUUAGUGAAAUCAUGUGUCAGAUUUCUCUUAACAAUCAUGCAAAGUUUCAUCAAGAUCGGACCAUAGGUGGCGCUAUAACAAUCACAAAGGUUUCAAAAACACAAUAUUUCUGUGAUAAAUUGCAAAAAAGAAAAGUGCUUAUAUAUUCACACAAACACUGGGUCUGGAUAUCUUAUGACAUAUCUCCUCAUAUUGUAAACAACUAUGCCUCUAGUUUCACUGCUGUCAAUCAAACUGUUCUUUAAGUAUUUGAGAUUAUAUAAAAAAAAACUUCUUUUGUGAACAAAUUUUAAGUUUUUAACUCAAAAUAAAUAAAUAAAAAACAUCAGUCCAGUACUAUUCUCUAGGCACUCUAGGUCAAUUAUUAUAUAAAAAAAACAACAACAACAAAAAAAACAAAUGUUGAACCUUUGCUUUUGGACAAAUAUAAACCAGUCAUUUUAAGAAAUGCUUUAAAUUGUGUACCCAAAACCCUAUUAAUACUAAGAGAAAGCUCAUAAAUUCUCAAAACUGUGUAAAAUAAUGCAUCAUUUUAAAUUAAAGAGAGAUUGUGUAAAAAAAAAAAACACUAUAAUAGGUAUAAAGGUUAAAAACUGUGUUGCAAUUUAUAACCACUAAUGGGCUUAUUAAACUCUAAAACAGUACUGCUCAUAGACUUACUUAUGGAUUCAUGCUUAAACAUUAUAAAAUCACUUUUAAAACAAUUUACAUCUCAUUGAGAUACAUCAUACAGACAUAUACAUUUU